AUGCAUUUCAACAGUGUCCUCGCCAUGUCGGCUACUGUCUUUGCCCUGGGCCUCGCUGCCGACCCUUUGGCCUUCACCAGUUGGCCCAAGGAUGUCCAGGCCGGCAAGCCCGUUACUCUGACAUGGGCCGGUGCCGUUCCUGACCAGCCCGUUACUCUGACUCUCCGUAAGGGAUCCGCCGGUGACCUGAGCGAUGUCGAGGUCAUAACUGCGCAGGCCAAGAACGGCGCUUUCACCUGGACUCCCGGUGACAACGUCAAGGAGGGAGAGAACUACGCUUUCCAGAUCACCCAGGGUGGUCAACGCAACUAUUCUGCCCUACUCAAGGCCGGCCCCCAAGUUCCCAACGCCUCGGAUAAGCAGACUGGAACUACCGCCACCACCACAGGUACUUCUACGACCACUGCCAGCCAUGUCACUGCCAGCGGUACCACUUCCACCGGUGCUACUUCCACCGGUACCAGCACGGGCACUGUCACCGAGGCUCCUCAGACCAGUGGCACCAGCAGCAAGCCCCUGAUCAGCUCCUCUGCCUCUGGCACCCCCUCCAGCAGCCCCGCCUCUAGCGCCGUUAUGAGCAGCACCGUCACUGCCGAAGGUCCCCUGAUGACCGAAGAGACCAAGGGAAAGAAGGCCAAGUCCAGCGCCGGUGUCCAGAAUGCUGCUUCUUCACUCAAGUACUCCAUGGAGCUUAUCAGUGGUGCUCUCGGUCUGCUGAUCUACCUUGUCCAGUAA